AAAAUACGAGGUUAAAUAAUGACGUCACUGAUCUUCAGGUUGGAAAGUUGGAGCUUUAGAGGCCAGAGUUCCUUAGUUGGAAUUCCGAAUUUGAUGACCGUUCAAAUCUAUUUUUCCCAGUCGAAGCUCGUUUUUUUCAGAGUUCUCAGUUGUUUUGAACGCACUGAAGUUGGAAGUCUGAAAUGUCUGAGUUCCGUGCUCCCAGUUGUUUUGAACGCGGCAUAGGCUAUUGUUUAUUAUCACCUUCCGGAUUCUUAGAAACUUCACCUGUUACAGACGCGCCACCGACUUACCCGUUCAAUGGAGGAACCAUUCUUUUUUGCUUGCGGGGAUUUCGUCGACUGGUCUGUCCAAACUGCUUGGGAACAGAAUGACGCCGAGGUGGACAGUGCAUUUGGAGACUGGAGUUCCGCCUGUAAUGGCAACAAGUCGGAUGCAGUUGAAAGAUCUUCAUCUCUGUCUUCACCCAUGGACAUGGACAUCUCUAAACUCUCAACAAAGCUGGAGAAUGGCAAUGUGAAGAAAUCAUGUGUAGUUUUCCAGGAGUGCUUCCAGGUCUUGGGUGAAUCUGAAGAGGCCAACUGUACUGUACGAUCUCUGUCCCAGCUGCUAGAAAACACACAGCCUUUUCAACCAACAGCUACAAUAUGUGACUGUGGCAGCUUGUGGAGCCAUCUGUUGGCUGAGCCCAAUAGGCUGAGGCUGUCAGAGCCAAAGCCCAGCUUACACCGCCACAGCCACAGCAGAAUGGUUUCUGCCCUCAGAAUCACACCCUCACACUGCAUCUCUGAACAGUGUGAGUCACUCUUUUUGGAAGACAAUGAAGAAACUACAGAGGAGACCUCUUGCCCCCCUGCUGCUGCUCUCAUCAAAACCAAGCUGCUGGCCCCCUCCUCCUGCCAUGGUGACACCCCAGCGUUCCUCUACCAGAUCUCCCAGCAGUGGCUGACUCAAUGCAGCAUCCGGCUGCAGCCUCAGCACCACAAGAAGCCUCCUGCACUGAACUAUGGAGAAGGAUAAGAUGAAGAUGCAGCAUAGCAUAGCCCUACUGUACUGUUGUAGAUGGGUGAAAUGGGUUGGGUUGUUACCCGGGUGAGAACAAAGUAUUAACGUUUCGCAACAUUUUAUUUAUACAGAUUGUAAACAAGACAUUCUAUGAUAUUGUGUAUUUGGUUUGCAGGCGUGUUCCUGGUUUUAUAUAUAAUAUUUUGAUACAGAGUGCAGUUGCAGUGAUACUAUAAAUGUACUGAGUGAUUUA